AGCUGACAGUCAGUACAGCAGUAGGUGUGUCACUUUCCACAAACAGGAAGAAUGAGUAGCAGCGGGGCAGAGCUGUCAUUCUCAGUGACUCAGUCUAUCAGCAGAGCCUGCUACAAACCUACUCUCUGUGCCUAGUCGCACUCGAUUUCUCCACUACUUGGGACAAAUAUCUCACCCUUGUAACUGGCUCCUCCAUGUAACCCUGCCUUCCCUGCUACUCCAGCCCCUCACAUUACAGCAGGCACCCCAUGUUUGCUCACAGGUUCCAUACCAUGGACAGAGGCACCAUGAACAAGGUUAUCCGUGAGAUGGAACACCUGUCCCGAAUAAGUGCGGUCCCUCUGCUACACAGGAGCCACCCGUACCUCCCAGAUAUUACCCGCGACACCAGUGAUCAUCUCAAGCUCAUCUUAGCCAAGGGCUCUUUGACUGAUCACAGGCAACACGAAUACCUGCACGUUACAGUCCACAGCAUCCUCCGCAAGGCAGCGCACUGCAACGAGAUCCUCGGCUUUAACUGGGUUCCGCAAGGUGCGGAGAGUGUGGCAAGGAGAAACCUCACCAAGCUGUCACUGAUUUUCAGCCACAUUCUCGCAGAGCUCAAAGCCCUGUUUCCUGGGGGAAAAUUUCAAGGGAACACAUAUAAAAUCUCCAAACCUGAAGCCUCACAGUUCUGGACAAACACAUUUGGGCAAAGGUGCCUAGUGCAAUGGAGUGAGUUCCGAGCAGGACUUAACCUUGUGCACCCAGUUGGUUCUGGGCCUCUGGAGUCUGCCCUGCACAGCACAGUAGACCUCACGUGCAAUGACUACGUAUCAGUGUUUGAGUUUGACAUCUUCACAAGACUGUUUCAGCCUUGGAACACUCUCCUGCAGAACUGGAUGCUUCUUGCAGUUACACACCCUGGCUAUAUGGCAUUCCUUACGUACGAUGAGGUCAGAGAGCACCUGAAGAGCCACAUCCAGAAACCUGGCAGUUACAUAUUCAGACUAAGCUGCACACACCUUGGUCAAUGGGCUAUUGGUUAUGUGACGUCAAAAAGAGAUAUUGUACAGACCAUCCCACACGAUAAGCCUUUAUAUGUGGCACUUCUGGAAGGAGAGAAGGAGGGGCUGUAUUUACACCCUAAUGGCGUGAGCAACAAUCCCGAUUUAUCAGAACUAAGCAACCCUUCGGCAGGCCCCAAGGUUCAGGUGUCACAGGAACAAUGGGACCUAUAUUCCCAGAUGGGUUCCUCCUUUGAGCUCUGCAAGAUCUGUGUUGACAAUGAGAAGAAUGUCCGGAUAAAGCCGUGCGGGCACUUGCUGUGUAAUGACUGCCUCUUAGCAUGGCAGAAGUCUGAUGGCCACACAUGCCCUUUCUGCCGCUGUGAGAUUCAUGGAAAAGAAGAAGUGCAUGUACUUUCCCAGCCAGAAGCAGAAGAGCAGAUCACAGCCUCCAGUGAUGCCAGCAGUUCAUUAACUUUUGACCUAACGAAAGAAGAAGAAGAGUGGAUACGACAGCGACCUCUUCCACCCACACCUGUCUCUGGGAGCUCCUCUGUGGCCUCUGCUCCCUCUAUGCCCUCUACACCUCCUCUGCCUCUUUCACAUUCACCGACCCCGUUUGGGCUACAGGUUGUGCCGACUUUAACCCAUAGAUUGCAGCUACAAGCCAAUGAUGUCAUCUUUGGAAGAACAGAAGCCUCCGGAGGAACCUUGAACAGGACUCCACCGCUCCCACCAAGGAUAAGAUGGGACAGACACAGGGGGAAGCCUCCCUUUCACAGUACUUAGACCUACCCCGUUAUGUUCAACUUACACCCGCAGAAAGCACAUGGGUGCUUUCAUAGAAGUCACAAAGUAUACACCAGGUCUAGUAAUUCAUGGCAACCAAUCAGAUGUUUGCUUUCAAAUAGAUGACCUGCUGAUUGGUUGCUAUGGAAUACCUGAUUGGGUGGAAAUGUGCACCUUUUGUGACAUACUUAACCCUCCUUUACAUUGCAUUUCCCAUAGAAUGUACUUUAUACACAAGGAACGCUGGCUCUUUUUGGUAGUUAGCAAAUAUGUUGUAUAUGGAUAUUCCGUGCAGUGACAGAACAUUAAUAAUAAACCUGACACAAUAUCACAUUUGUUAAUAA